AUGGUUGUGUUCAAGGUUGGUCGUGUUGAAACGACACCGUUCGAUGGCCAGAAACCUGGGACUUCUGGUCUGAGGAAGAAGGUGAAAGUAUUCAAGCAGCCUAAUUACUUGCAAAAUUUUGUUCAGUCAACAUUCAAUGCCCUUACAACAGAAAAAGUUAGAGGUGCUACACUUGUUGUUUCUGGUGAUGGCCGAUACUUUUCAAAGGAUGCUAUCCAGAUCAUAAUUAAAAUGGCUGCUGCAAAUGGAGUAAGGCGUGUUUGGGUUGGUCAAAAUGGAUUGCUGUCCACCCCUGCUGUAUCAGCAGUCAUACGUGAAAGAAUUGGGCACGAUGGUUCUAAGGCAACUGGAGCAUUUAUAUUGACUGCGAGUCACAAUCCAGGUGGUCCCCAUGAGGAUUUUGGAAUUAAAUACAACAUGGAAAAUGGUGGACCUGCGCCGGAAGCAAUUACUGAUAAGAUCUACGAGUACACUACAACAAUAAAAGAGUACUUAAUUGCAGAAGGCCUACCAGAUGUUGAUAUCUCUGUAAUGGGCGUAACAAGCUUUGGGGGUCCAGAGGGUCAGUUUGAUGUUGAAGUUUUUGAUUCAGCCAACGAUUACGUGAAAUUGAUGAAGUCGAUAUUUGAUUUCCAGUCUAUUCAGAAGUUGCUUUCAUCACCAAAAUUCACAUUCUGUUAUGAUGCACUUCAUGGAGUUGGUGGGGCUUAUGCUAAACCUAUAUUUGUGGAAGAGCUUGGCGCAAAAGAAAGCUCUUUAUUGAACUGCACACCCAAGGAAGACUUUGGUGGAGGGCAUCCAGAUCCCAAUCUAACCUAUGCAAAGGAGUUAGUUGCACGCAUGGGAUUGGAUAAGUCAAACACUGAACAUGAGCCUCCAGAAUUUGGUGCUGCUGCUGAUGGUGACGCAGAUCGUAACAUGAUCCUUGGUAAAAGGUUUUUCGUUACUCCAUCUGAUUCUGUUGCUAUAAUUGCUGCAAAUGCGGUUCAAGCCAUACCCUACUUUUCUGCUGGUCUGAAGGGAGUUGCCAGGUUCUGUAGUCUUGCUUAG